AUGAGCCAGUUGAGUCAUGAGCCGACCAAGAGUAGAACCUCUAAACCCCUCGACUUUGCAGACCCUAUCAAGAUCAACCAGGAGGAGCGCUGCUCGUCCUCCUCGUUCGCACCAACACCAUCUUCUUCCUCACUUGGCUUUACGCCAAACCAAGGGAACCUGCUGUAUAAUCCCACCGGCGAGAGCGUCCGUGAAGUGCACUACAACUCUUCCAAAGCGGAGUAUGAGGGCGAAUCGUCGCUUUUCGCUCACGCCGUCUUCGCUAGUCAAUUUCUGCAGAAUGCCAUUAACAACACGACCAACGCCGAGGUCGCACACGAGAUGGAAGCUGUCCUCGACGGCCUCAGGGCUGCCGUUCAUUCUGGGAAACAACAGUCUGAUACGCUCGAUAAACUGUAUCCUCAUGCCAAGGCCAUCCCACCCGGCUUGACGACCCGCAACCUCCCUUUGCCGCCCAUCGACAAGGUAUUCAUAUGCUUGCGUAUGGCCAGGGAAUGCCCGCAAGUGGCCAUGCUAUGGCUGGGGGACUUUAUUAGGCCCACCCAGUUCAGCGACUAUUUUAUCAAAAUCGCAUCGCCUGGUCCAGCUACCGAAGCUGACUUGAUCAUCGUCCAUUGCGGUCUUUACUGGCUGUUCUGUGAAUGCUCCAAAGCCGUCACCGACGAAGAAACAAAGCAAGACUACGACGCGCAGGCUUUCAUAUGCGAGGCGAACCUCCAGACUGUCCUUGCCAACCUUCGCUUUCAUCAGCCAACAAAUAUGGACUUCAUAUAUGCCAUGGGCAUGGCGUCGAUGUAUUGCCUUCAAAAGAGCAAGCCAUCUGCCGCGUGGAAUUUCAUCAAUUCAGCCUCGCAUAUGGUACAAGCUCUUGGCUUACAACAUAACGUGCCUACAGGCAUAGAGCGGCCAGAAGAAAAGACCCAGAAGAUGAACUUGUUCUGGACCAUAUACAUGACCGAGAAGAUGCUAUCGCUACGCCUAGGUCGUUCAUCGACCUUCCGAGAUCAGGACAUCACCCUGACCCGUCUUGGUAUGGAGCGUCCCAGCGGUUCUUUCUUGGCCGAACUGGCUCCCGGUUGGAUCAACAUAGCGAGUAUACAGGGUCGGAUAUACGACGACAUCUACAGUCCAGGAGCCCUCAUGCAACCGCUGCACAUCCGGACGUCUCGUGCCCGGGCUCUUGUAGCGGAGUUAAAAACUGCCAUGCAACAUGCGCAAGGCAUCCACGACCAUUACGAGGCGAGCAAAGGGCAAGUACUGGGACUGGAUUACCACGAAAUAGCAAGACGUUCUGACCGAGUCAUUGGCCUUUCCAUGCUUACGCUCAUCUACCGGAGCAUCGCCCCGGAGAAGCCAUCGACGUCUGCAUUUUGUGAAGAAUGCAUCGAUGCCGCCAGGGAUACGCUCCAAGAACACGACCGCUGCGUCGCCGUGAUCACCGAGGCGCGAGGGAGGACGGUGUUCCUGGAAGCAUACAUCAACUGGACCAUCACCCAGUCUCCAUUCAUCCCCUUCAUCAUUCUGUUCUGCCACAUCAUCGAGACGUCCGAGGCCUCAGACCUCGAGCACAUGAGAGGUCUUGUCGAGACGCUCGAGUCUACAUCGGACUCCCGCGCACAUAACACAUGCGGCAAGCAACGUCGCCUUUUCAAGGCGUUGUACGACGUCGCCGCCAAGUAUGUCGAGGUCAAAUCCCGCGCGGACGGUGGGCAAGGGGGGAUGUCGUGGUCAAUGGCUCAGCAGCAGUAUGCCGAUGCAUUCGCCGGCACGACCUCUAACGGUCUCGGGCUCGGUACAUUGGACUCGGGAGGAAUUGUGGGAGCCCCGGGGACGAAUACUGCAGAUGCUCCUAGUCACAUGGCGUCGCACAGCGAGGCUAACGAGGACGGGAUGGGGCUUGUAAAUGGGCUGGUCGGGCCUACAGCGAUGCAGAACACGGUAUUUGGGGAUGUGGACAUGGAGAUGGAUCUCUCGGGAGCUCAACUUUGGGACUGGUUCAACAAAAACCAGUCCAUCAUGAGGAUGCUUGAGGAUACAUAG